GAAUGCAGGUUUUGCAAAAGGCAGUUUCAUGAUAUGUCCCCUUUAAAAUGUUUGUGAAAUGAGGAAACAUUGUGGUAAAAUGUUGAAACAUUCAUAUUUAUUUCAUUAGACUAGAAGGUAUAAAUGACAUACCAAGGUUUCCUUAAAAAAAAUGGAUUUAUUUAUUUAAAGGAAUGUCUUCGACAUUUAAAGUCACUGAUUUGAUUAUGAAAAUGAUGAUGAUUUAAAAGAAAUCAGUGUCGUAACUCUCCAAAAAUGCCAAUUCUGUAGUGUUGUAAUGCUCUUUAUGCAGAAGUAAAGAAGUGUGUAGGAACCCUGUUCGGUUCGGUUCACUUCCUGUGAUGUCACUGUGUUAACGCGGUUCGAUUCCGUCAGAUCGUGUCCAGUUUCAAAGCAACCACGUCCAGAGCCGUGUGCCAGCUGGUCAGAGAGUAUGUCGGCCACAGAGACGGCAUCUGGGACCUCAGCGUCUCCAGGACUCAGCCUGUGGUGCUCGGUACUGCGUCAGCAGACCACUCUGCGAUGCUGUGGAGCAUCGAGACGGGAAAGUGCCUCCUCAAAUAUAUGGGCCAUCAAGGAUCAGUCAACUCCAUCAAGUUCCACCCGACUGAACAGAUGGCUCUGACAGCCUCCGGAGACCAGACGGCCCACAUCUGGAGGUACAUGGUGCAGCUGCCGACUCCACAGCCUGUUGCUGAUAUCAGUCAGCAGACGCCCUGCGAAGACGACGUGGACUUUUCGGAUAAGGACGAGGCCGACGGCGAGGUCGAGGGUCCAACCGACUGCCCCUCCGUCCGCGUGGCCACCACCACUCUCCGCAGCCAUCAGGGCGUGGUCAUCGCCGCCGACUGGCUGGUGGGCGGCAAACAGGUGGUGACGGCGUCCUGGGACCGAGCCGCCAACCUGUACGACGUGGAGACGUCGGAGCUCGUCCACUCACUCACCGGCCACGACCAGGAGCUGACCCACUGCUGCACACACCCCACCCAGCGUCUGGUGGUCACCUCCUCCAGAGACACCACCUUCAGACUGUGGGACUUCAGAGACCCGUCCAUCCACUCCGUCAACGUGUUCCAGGGACACACCGACGCGGUGACGUCCGCUGUGUUCACGGUGGGAGAUAACGUGGUUUCUGGGAGCGACGAUCGAACCGUCAAAGUGUGGGACCUGAAGAACAUGAGGUCGCCCAUCGCAACCAUCCGCACCGACUCCGCUGUCAACAGGAUCAGCGUGUCGGUGACACAGAAGAUCAUCGCUCUCCCUCACGACAAUCGGCAGGUCCGGCUGUUCGACAUGGCCGGGGUGAGACUGGCUCGACUCCCACGAAGCAACAGACAGGGUCACCGGCGGAUGGUGUGCUGCUCCGCCUGGUGUGAAGAUAACACCUCCUGCAACCUGUUCACCUGCGGCUUCGACCGGCAGGCCAUCGGCUGGAACAUCAACAUCCCGGCUCUGCUGCAGGAGAAGUGACCUCCUCCUCCUCCUCCUCCUCCUCUCGCUGCUGCUGCUGUCACCUCACGGUGAAACUCCACCCACAGCCUGUCAAACACUCACACCCUGCAGGCUUCAAAAAAAGGGUUUCUGUUACCGACGCAAUGAGUCAACGAAAGAUCAAAUUACAGACUUUUACCAGCCGUCUCUUGAGUCUACAGGCGGUCAGUAUUUGACACGUGAAGCUCCCUAAAGGUCUGACCUCCCACCCUAAACCCGUGUACUGCAUCUGUCUCUAACGCACCGCCGGCAUUAUUACACAUUUAGGCGGAGGCGACUCCUCGCCACCCAAAAGAGGAAAUAGAACUAACUGAACUAACACUGAUGAAAACAAACACUGAAGGGUUUUGGUCUUCUUAGUUGAAAACUAAAAAAUCAGACAUUGAGGAGAUAAGUGAGGUGCUGAUUUAAGCAAAUUAACAGCAGGUUUAUGUUUCGACAAGAACGUCAGUCUGAUGCUCGAAAUCCACUAGUUUUUAAUAAUUAAAUCCGUUUUUGCUGAUUGUGCAAAAUGUCAGCACGAGAAAGUCACUCAAAAUCUUCUUUGUCUAAACUGUUUGUCUGGUUACCCGUUAGUUUCAUUCAUUCCAAAACAUUUUGAUUGGCACCUGAGAUUCAGAGCUUAACAUCUGUUACACUUUAAAAAGUGUCUAUCGUACUAUCAGAGUAGUUGUUUGCCUCUGUGCGAUACAGUAAUGCACCUUUUUCAAAGUACUUAUAGCUUCUUAUUGAGGUGUUGGAAAUUAAAAAUGCUUUUGCAGCUUCUGUACAAAGUCAGAAUGGAAACCAGCUCAGUGAUGGUGAGUUUCAGCCGGAGGGAUUGUUGUCUAGUAAAUUCUUCCAGGUGGAUUUAAAGCUUCAAAAGCCCAAUUUACUCCAACAGAGAGGUGGUGACGUCCUUUAAAGGAAGCUACAUGCGACGCUUUUAUUAAUGUGUCAUUUUCAGAACUAUAUCGAGCCUGCAUGGACCAAAAGACACCAAAAUAUCAAAUAAUAAAUUACUAUUGGAAAGCUUUUGUGAUUGUAACGGACAAGGGAAAUCAAAGACUUGUUCAAUAGUUCAUCUCCACCUCUUUUGCAUGCAAACUUUAAACAGUAAACACCCGUUCAAACUUUGAUUAUCUGUACACCAACAUAUAAAUAUGGUUGUUUUCAUAACUAAUGUUGUUGCAAUGUGGCUUCCAGCCACCAGAGGCAGCGCUGAGCGAGGAAUAAAUCCUGCUCCAUUUUGAAUUAAAUUUGGAUUUGCAGAUAGUAACCUUUAACAAAGUUAAGAACAAAACACCCGAUGAGGUGAUUGAAAUGUUUGAGUUCUGUUUGGUAGACAUCCACGUUUCCAGGUCACAGUGUUGUGGUUUCUCUCCACUGUGGAGCCACACCAGUAUGGCUGCUGGUGGUUUCCUCCCAGCACUGACACUGGUGUGGUCUCUCUUUAGUUGGGAUACCGAGACGUCCCAGUUUUUCCUCCACUAAGAUGUUUUAGUAGGUUGGUCACUUUGCUCCCGGUGUUGUCGUUUCGGGUCUGACUGUGUUUCUGUGUUUUCUGUAAAGCCAUGAACCAGCCACUGUGUGUCACCUUCCUGCCCUGUCAGCGGUUCAUUGUUAGAGGCUGAUAAACGUGUAGACGUUGUUCCAUCUAAGACUUCAGGGAGGAAAGAAGGUUUCAGUGUUUCUGUACGUGUGCAACUUAAAUCUCUCUAAGAGCAACACCUGUUGAAAUGGUUGUUCGCAGGGCUGGGUACCGAGAUAUAUCUAUAAUAUACUGUCUCAUACUAUUCAUGCUAUUGCUUUAAUUUGAAGAACUAAAUUUACUCUUUUUUUGAAUUUAGACACUUUCCAGCAAUUAAGAAACCUUUUUUUUAGGAUCUUCAGCUGUGAUUUGACCAGAACGACUUCAUCAUCUCAUGAAACCAAAAACGAAGUGAUUCAUUUAAAUCUGGCAUCAAAUAUUAAAUACUUAGUGACUGAUGUUCCUCGGCUGCCCAGCCCUGCUGGCGUACCAGUACUCGACAUGAAUGUAAAAAAAAGUUUUUCUAGUUCAUCGCAGUGCCCUUUAGUCGUUAGUGUUGAAACACUGUUGUGUGGGGUUCUGUCGGUGUCAUAUUUGUUAUGGUACUUUAAAACGUGAUGCGUUUCACUGUCAGCUGCUUUGCUUUCCCACUGCCACUAAAACAGCCAAAGCUGGAUUUAAGUCAAUGGGAGAGGGUGUAAUGGUGUGUGUGUGUGUGUGUGUGUGUGUGUGUGUGUGUGUGUUUGAGUUUGAGUUUGAGAAGAAGUAGGUGUGGUGAUAAAAAUCAACGUCUAAAAACGUAUUUAAUGUUGUGAUAACAGGGCAGUUCAAGUUCUGACUGCUGUACAACUCAUGUACUCUGAUGUACUCUGAUGUACUCUGAUGUACUCUGAUGUACUCGUGAGUUGCGACAUCAACACGAUGAACAAGCACAGUCCAUUUCUACAUCUAGCUUUAGCUUUGUGGAGCGUUUCGCUGGUUUGUAAUCAAAGCGUUCAUUCAAACAUCUGCAUUGACGUGACGAACACGUGUGUGUAUUUGGUUUCACUUUACGGCUGCUUUUUGCAGUGUUUUAACCCAGUGAAAUGUGUUUGAGUACAAUAAAAACUCUCAGAUUGACCAUAUUUAUUUAUUAUAAAUGUUGUGAAAAAAACGGCAUUGUUACAUUUAAGAUCAAAAGAUGGAAGAUUUCCAGAACAAACUAAGUGAUAACUUGACAAAAGUAAAGUGUGAACCUCUCACUUUAAAACCAUAACAUAUGUAUCAUAUAAAUUGUAAUAUAUAGAGAGAAAUGAGGCGGUUUUGUCUGUAUAGUGUAUUUCAGCUGCAGCAGUUUUUUUUCUUAGCCUUUAUAAGUUGACGUGAUCUCACAUUUCAUUUGUUUUAUUUUGUGUUAAUUGCAGAUGUUCCGAUACCAUUUCUCCCUUUCAGAUUCCUGAAUUUGCAUUUCGGCUGAUACCGAGAACCGAUCCGAUACCAGUGCGUUAAAAACAGAUAUGACGUGAUAUCGGAUCGGUGCUUAGAGCGGCGUACUCGCCGAGACAUUUCUGAUGCUGGUAUCGGUACAGCUUGAUCCAUUUUACUGCUUCAUGAUGGAUGACGUUGGUUCAUCUGUCAAAGACUUCACAUUCACUUUAAACUGAGUUAUUUUUGAAACUUAGACCAGAGAUGGCAAAUGAAGUCCAACAUUUUGCAUCUGGCUAAUUAAAAAUUAGCUUUAGAAAUGUCACAAAUGUCAGCUGAAGACUACACUUUCCUUAAACCAAUUUUUAGGUUUUGUGCAAUAUGUUUAUUUGUGAGUAGUUUAUUUAUAUUAGUUUUUAGGUGUGUAUUUCUAUAUUAUAUUCCUCGCUGUAGGAAUACCCUUUUGCUCAAGAGUUCAUCAACGAUCUGCGGAUUUAUUUCCUCUGUAUUCUCUCCAGCUGCAAUGAGCAAAUAUUAAAAAACAAAAUGUAUCCGAAAUGGGAGAAGAGACAGUUGAUUUUGUGUUUCCCUGCCGUCUCUGGUUUAACCGACACAACAUUUAGUUUGUGUGAAGGAAAUGUAAAAGCUGUUUGUGUGAGUGUUGGAUCUCUGGUUUAUCCGACACGGUUUAAACAAGUUUCACUGUGUUUUCUACCACCACUGAGCCACUCUGCUGCCACGUUCAUAACACUGUUAAUAAAGUUCACGCUUUCACUCUCACAACGAAACGCAUCGUCACUGAGCAUCGGCCAUCUCAGAUCCACCGUCGUGAAGCCUUGUUAAACUGUGGCUCCUUGCUGUUUACAGUGUUUUAGUGAUCAACGUGGUUCGAUGUCGAACAACAAAACAUCACAGCUCAGUUCUCAGAAGAAGAACGAAAAACCUGUUGGAUUGACUUGACAGCAGUUUUGUGGGUUAAAAGCUGUGUAAUAAAGAACAAGCAUCUGCUUGUGAAAUCAAAAUAAACCGUUUGUGCUGUUUGAACGUUUA